AUGGCUCUUCACAGUGGACCUCCAAAGAGGAAAGAAAUUUACAAAUACGAGGCCCCAUGGCCUCUUUACAGUAUGAAUUGGUCGGUAAGGCCUGACAAAAGGUUUCGACUUGCUUUGGGAAGUUUUGUCGAGGAGUAUAAUAACAAAGUACAGAUAGUUUCGCUCGACGAAGAAACGUCUGAAUUUAUAGCUAAGAGUACUUUUGAUCAUCCAUAUCCAACGACUAAAAUAAUGUGGAUUCCAGAUAGUAAAGGAUUAUUUCCAGAUUUGUUAGCCACAUCGGGUGAUUAUCUUAGAGUGUGGCGAGCGAGCGAGCCAGAAACUCGAAUGGAGUGUGUUUUAAACAAUAAUAAAAAUUCGGAUUUUUGCGCACCUCUAACCUCCUUUGAUUGGAACGAAGUCGACCCAAAUCUUAUCGGUACAUCUAGUAUCGAUACCACAUGCACAAUUUGGGGUCUAGAAACUGGCCAAGUCAUGGGUCGGGUAAAUUUAGUGACAGGACAUGUAAAAACGCAGCUCAUAGCUCAUGACAAGGAGGUCUACGACAUCGCAUUCAGUAGAGCUGGAGGAGGUAGGGACAUGUUUGCUUCGGUAGGGGCGGACGGUUCGGUGCGCAUGUUCGAUCUUCGGCAUCUCGAGCACUCGACCAUCAUCUACGAAGACCCACAACACACGCCCUUGUUGAGGUUAGCUUGGAACAAGCAGGACCCCAACUAUUUGGCAACCGUGGCCAUGGACGCCUGCGAAGUCAUUAUCCUGGAUGUGAGAGUGCCGUGUACACCUGUUGCUAGAUUGAACAAUCAUAGGGCGAGUGUAAAUGGAAUUGCGUGGGCGCCUCAUUCAUCGUGUCAUAUCUGCACCGCCGGUGACGAUCAUCAGGCCCUUAUUUGGGACAUCCAGCAGAUGCCGAGAGCCAUCGAGGACCCGAUACUUGCCUACACCGCUGCCGAGGGUGAGGUUAAUCAGAUUCAAUGGGGCGCUACUCAGCCGGAUUGGAUAGCUAUUUGUUAUAACAAAGCCGCCGAGAUCUUACGAGUGUAAAUUCGUGCAUCUCGUUUUCAUCUCUGUACUACUACUGCGUGUGGUGUGACCGUUAGCCAUCAUCAUCAUCAUCAUCAUCAUCAUCAUCAUCAUCAUCAUCAUC